GGUGGGAAUUAUUUACUACGGCACGUUUAUAAAAUUCUACAUGGUUAAAUAUCGUCUUAGUUUUUGUGAAAUUUUCUCUUUUUUUGUAAAUCUCACAUUUCCGUGGCUGUGUAAAACAAAUAACUAAGACAAAAUGGAAAUAAUCCGACGGCGACUAUUGAUAAUCGCUGUCAUUGGGCAACUUAUAAUCGUAGCCGCUGAAAGUGAUGUGAAAAGGCCGAAAACGAUUGCCGAAUUGCAAGCAGAAUAUUUAAUAAGUGAAGAAAAGCUGUGGCAUAAAAUCGACCAAUUGUUAAGCGAUGCGGAACACAUUGAUGAACAAAGGCUAAAUGAAACCAUGUUAGAAGCAGUUAACGUGCACCAAAAUGUUUUCUUUGAAAAUACAUUCGAAAGCAGCAGCUACUGGCGAUCAUAUCUACUGUUUGGCAUUGACAAUUUUCGUGGUUAUUUAUCAAAUGUUAACACAUCUCUGCUAGAACACUAUCGGUAUUUAUACGAUGAAGAUGGGCAAGUGCGUUUCAAACGAUGGAAUGUUUGUAUUGACCCAGGAUCAUUCCAUAACCUAACAGCCAACAGAAAUGGUUUAUUCGAUCUGACGAUCAAUCGGAAAGAUUCCAUUUUACAACACAUUCAAACUGAAGCGAAAUGCUGUAUUCGAUACGUAAACUAUGUUAUAUCGGAAGCUCAAUUAGUACGCGAAUACUAUGCAAAUGUUGGCAAAGCAGUCCUACGGAGCUAUGCCAUGCAUCAGCUGGCUCAUAUGCUGAUGUCAUUGAUAGUGCGAGAAAAUUCGCAUGCCACAGCGAACGCUGAACGGAAGCUAUACCUAGAACGAUAUAACGAGUUCAAGCAUACCAUUGAAGGUAUGCUGACUGCAUCCAGUCUCGAUUUAUGGAAAUGCAAUCCGAACCCAUAUCUGGACAGCCGCACAUACUACACAUCAGUCACGAAUUUUAUGCAAGGCUACAUUGAUAAUGAGAUUAAUUUGAAUGGCGAGCAGCGUUGUGAUGGAACAUGCAGCGAUUUCAAGUUGACCAAAAACCAUUACGAUUGCCAAAAUGGCACGUUGUGUGCACACAGUAAUUUCGCUCAUGCUCGCUGUACGGGUGACAUAUUCGAUUGCAGUGUGAUUGACUCGGAUGGAACUGCUUGUCUUGUGAAGGAUGAGUGGGAAAAUCGACGCUACAAUUAUGUGACAUUUAGAAAUGGCUCAACCAAUGGUCACAAUGUGUUGUGUUUUAAAGCCGAACAAACGGAGCUUGCGACGAGAUCGGAACGGAUAUCAAAUGAAUGCAGUAAUUGCUUCUGCUACUGUGAUGAACCGGGACAAAAAUCAGAUCGUUAUUUCAGUUUGAAAGAUGUGACAUCCGAUAUCGGUGCCAACAAAAUUGUAACGGGUAUCGCGAUAAAAAAAAUCAAUCGUGUCAUCCAACUCACUAUAUCAGAGCGUGAAUUGUUUGCAUUUGGCAAAGUCAAUGACACAUUGAAACGUACGCAAAUCUGGAAGAAUAAUAGCAUGGAAUUUUUGAGUGAUGGCCAAAAUGAUGUCGACUAUUUUACACUGACACGAGAGCAUCGAUCAAUAAAUUUGGACACGAUUUUUUUGCCAUUGAACAAAGUAGUAACCGGAAUAAGAUUUAAAGCUCAGGAUAACAUGUUAAUAAUCGAAAUUCGCGCCACAGACUUCGAUUACGAAACGGGAAUGCUCACAAAUUUGGAACAUAGCACAUGGAUCAAGCAUACGGAUAAUCGAAUCAAUGAGCACAGAGAAGAAAUAACUAUUUUCGAACCGGAUUCGCCUACACGAACGACCAACAUUCAAGAGAGAUUCGAUUCCAAUAAUAAAUUCAUUAGGUUCCGGUCAACCGAUAUAAAAAAAGACUUAUCACAGCUAACUAUUCCGUUUUUUGAAUCUGUGCCACUAGAAGCGAGUGAACCACGUCCAUUGUCCGGCGUUGGACUCUAUUACAAAGGUGAAAAUGGAUUCGGUGGCUAUAUAGCUGUAAAACUUAUUAGCUACGACCGUGGAACAAUUUGACAUCACAGAACCUAUAAGGAAAACGCAAACGUUUGCUUGGAAAGUACGGAAUAUUGCGAUAUGAAUAUUUUUAUUAGACCAUCUAGGUCAUUCGCUUUGCUCAAAUAUAUUAUUAGACUCAACGAAAAAAGUGGAAAAAAUAAAAAAAAAAUACAUGAAAUUUAAACCAGAUAAA